AUGGCCGCCGUCGACACCCCAUACAUCCACCAGGGUGGCAUCAAGCCAUAUUUCGAGCAGCAGAUACAGGACACGGAAAUCAGGCUCCAGACCACGGCGCAGAACUUGCGCCGAUUGGAGGCACAAAGAAACAAGCUCAACUCCAAAGUGCGCCAGUUAAAAGACGAGUUGCGGCUUUUGCAGGAGCCCGGGUCCUAUGUGGGCGAGGUGGUCAAGGUCAUGGGCCUCAAAAAAGUGCUAGUGAAGAUCCACCCGGAGGGAAAGUACAUUGUCAACGUGACCAAGGAUAUCGACAUCAAGAAGUUGACGCCCAGCUUGCGUGUGUGCCUCAAGUCGGACUCGUAUGACUUGCACAAGAUCUUGCCCAACAAGGUCGACCCGUUGGUGUCGUUGAUGAUGGUGGAGAAGGUGCCGGACUCGACCUACGACAUGGUCGGCGGCUUGGACAAGCAGAUCAAGGAAAUCAAGGAGGUCAUCGAGUUGCCGGUCAAGCAUCCGGAGCUCUUCGAGAGCUUGGGCAUUGCCCAGCCCAAGGGCGUCAUUUUGUACGGCCCGCCAGGCACGGGGAAGACGCUUUUGGCGCGUUCUGUGGCCCACCAUACCGACUGUCUGUUCAUCCGUGUGUCGGGCUCCGAGUUGGUGCAGAAGUACAUUGGCGAGGGCUCGCGCAUGGUGCGGGAGCUUUUUGUCAUGGCCCGCGAGCAUGCGCCAUCGAUCAUUUUCAUGGACGAGAUCGACUCCAUCGGCUCGUCUCGAGUCGAGGGUUCCUCGGGCGGAGACUCUGAAGUGCAGAGAACCAUGUUGGAGUUGCUCAACCAGUUGGACGGCUUCGAGAGCUCGAAGGAUAUCAAGAUCAUCAUGGCCACCAACCGCUUGGACAUCUUGGACCCUGCUUUGUUGAGACCCGGCAGAAUCGACAGAAAGAUCGAGUUUCCUGCGCCCACGGUCCAGGCGCGGGCGGACAUUCUCAAGAUCCACUCGCGCCUGAUGAACUUGACGCGUGGCAUCAAUUUGCGCAAGAUCGCAGAGAAAAUGAACGGCUGCUCGGGAGCUGACGUGAAGGGCGUGUGCACGGAGGCAGGCAUGUACGCCUUGAGGGAGCGCAGGAUCCACGUGACGCAAGAGGACUUUGAGCUUGCCGUGGCCAAGGUCAUGUCAAAGAACGACGAGGGUGCGGUGUCGUUGGCCAAGCUCUUCAAGUAG